AGUCCCCCCUCCGCUCUGUUCCGUCACAGGGCUUUUUGCCCUCUGUUCCCGGGUCCCUCAGGCGGCCACCCAGUGGGCACACUCCCAGGCGGCGCUCCGGCCCCGCGCUCCCUCCCUCUGCCUUUCAUUCUCAGCUGCCAACAUCCUGGAAGCUUUCAAGCUCAGGAAAGAAGAGAAAUCCAUUGAGAACAGUCUGUGAAGGUCCGUAGUGCUAUCUACAUCCAGACAGUGGAAGGGAGAGAAAGAGAAAGAAGGUAUCCUAGGAAUAUCUUGCCUGCUUAGACCCUCUAUAAAAGCUCUGUGCAUCCUGCCACUGAGGACUCUGAAGAGGUAGCAGUCUUCUGAAAGAAAGGACAUUCCAAUUUACAUCCUCACCAGCAUCUGUUUGGGAGUGCUUCUCUCUCUGCAUUCUUGCCAACUACUUCAACUGUGAGGACAUGUCGUUUAGAUUUGGCCAACAUCUCAUCAAGCCCUCUGUGGUGUUUCUCAAAACAGAACUGUCCUUCGCUCUUGUGAAUAGGAGACCUGUGGUACCAGGACAUGUCCUCGUGUGCCCGCUGCGGCCAGUGGAGCGCUUCUGUGACCUGCGUCCUGAUGAAGUGGCCGAUUUGUUUCAGGCGACCCAGAGAGUCGGGACAGUGGUGGAAAAACAUUUCCAUGGGACCUCUCUCACCUUUUCCAUGCAGGAUGGCCCCGAAGCCGGACAGACUGUGAAGCACGUUCACAUCCAUGUUCUUCCCAGGAAGGCUGGAGACUUUCACAGGAAUGACAGCAUCUAUGAGGAGCUCCAGAAACAUGACAAGGAGGACUCUCCUGCCUCUUGGAGAUCAGAGGAGGAAAUGGCAGCAGAAGCCGCAGCUCUGCGGGUCUACUUUCAGUGACACAGAUGUUUUUCAGAUCCUGAAUUCCAGCAAAACAGCUAUUGCCAACCAGUUUGAAGACCCGCCUCCCCAAGAGGAACUGAAUCAGCAUGAAAAUGCAGUUUCUUCAUCUCACCAUCCUGUGACUGACUUCAUCCUGCAUUCUUCAGCCAAUGAUCCCCCACCUCAGUCACUCCAACCCCCUUAAAAUACCUAGACCUAAACGGCUCAGACAGGCAGAUUUGAGGUUUCCCCCCAUCAUCUCCUUAUUUGGCAGCCUUAUGAUUAAACUUCCUUCUCUGCUGCAACCCUGUGUUUCGGUGUAUUGACUUGCCAUGCAUUAGGCAACAAACCUAUUAUAGUUACUUUUUCAAAGGAAAUUCAAUCAAUCAUUGGAUUGGUCCAUCUGCUUAUUUAUUUCUUCCCUUUUCAAAAAAAAAAAUGUGUCUACAUAUUGAAUUUUUAUACAUUAAGUGGUUCAUGAAACCCCUGAAAUGUGUUAAUAAAUAGGGCAAUUAUGAAAUAUUUGGACAUAGCUAGACUUUAAAAAUUGUUAAUCUGAAGUUCAGAUAGACUUGGCCUUCUCCAGCUUUCGUGAUUAUUCCCUCAGCAGCAAGUUAGUCUUAGGCAGAGCAAGUAUGGUGCUCACUCUGCAAAACUGCACAAUUUUCAACAUGCACAGAGGCAGACAUGAUAGGGCUCAGCCCUGGAAUUGAUAACAGUAGCCAACACUUGCUAAGAAUUUAUAAGAUGUAGACCCUGUUAAGAUGUAGACCCUGUUAUUAUCCUGUCUUGCAAGUGAUGAGAAAACUAAGGCUUAGGGAUGUUAAGUAAAGUAUUAGUUCAAGGCCAAUGGUAAGUGGCAAAGCUCAGAUUUGAACCCAGGCAGUCCCAUCCUAAAGGCCAUUGUCUUAGUCUGUGUACUGCCCUCCUUGCUAAAAGAGCUCACCUCUCUAGCCACUUCCUUCUCCCUGUCCCAUCUCUCCUUGUACCCUCAAAAUAGUCUUUUUAGCCUCGUCACUAUCUAUCUAUUGGCCUAUUUCUGCCUUGAGGACCUCCCACCUCCUCGCCUGCUGGACUUCCUUACCUGCCUUGUUAAUACAACCCUGCCCAGCACCUGCCUCCCUGGUCACACUACAGCCAGGUAGCAGAAACCAAAAUGGGCCUGGAUUCCCCAACCAACUUUGUUCUAUUUGCAAGAUUUUCAGAUCAUGCUGAAUCCUGCCUAGGCUGCCCUCCCUCUUUCUUUUCUUUACCAUCUGACCACAUGCCUAAAUAAACAUGACUUGGGCGAAUACAGUGUUCCCCAAAUUGCAUUCAUUCCCAUUUUGUCAUGAUUUUUCUUAUCUUUUUAAAUUUUAGUAUAUUUAUCUUAAACUUUAUAUUUCAGCCUCAAUGAAAAACAAGUACUACCUGUAAUUAGAAGUUAAGAAUAAAAAUAAACAUAAGAGAAAAACGAUGCUGAUGAUUUCCAUCUCUGCAUAGUUACUUGCCUUAGCUACUAGGAGUGAGAUUCAGUCUCUCUGUUAAAAAGUGAGGCUAGCCACCAUUAGAGGGGCAUUUAAUUCUAGCACCAAACCGAAACUCUCCAUUUGACAUAUUCAGAAGGAUUAAAGAGAAUAACCUACUGAGAGAUUCAAUGUAGAUCACUUAAGAUUAUCUUAAACAGGAAUAUGACUCCCAACUUUGGAGAAACAGCAGUGGAGGCCAGAUCUUAAACCCAGGGCAAGCUGGUUGUAGACCUGCUUCAACCCUAAACCAGUACUCCUUUCCACCCACCCAUCUCCCCCCAACCCCUGCAGGCAUAUCAAGAAGACAAGGUGCAUGGGGGAAAACAAAAGAGUCAGCUUCCCUAGGGCUGAUGGGUCAAAUCUCAGUGCUUGCCUCUGACAUUUUGCUUGCCAACAGUCUGUCUUGAAAACCAACAGGUUGCAAAGAAGAAUGUGAACACCUAUAUCCAGAGAUGCCCUAUAUAAGAAUAAAGACUAUAAGACCAAAAAGCUGUUCUUGAUUUAAUGUUUGGGGUGGACAUACCUAGUUAUAUGAUUGGGCUGUUUCCCCACCCACAUCUCAUCUUGAAUUGUAGCUCCCAUAAUCCUCACAUGUCAUGGGAGGGACCCAGUGGGAGGUAACUGAAUCAAGGGGGAGGAUCUUUCCCAUGCUGUUCUCAUGAUUGAUAGUGAAUACGUCUCACAAGUUCUGAUGGUUUUAUAAAGGACAGUUCCCCUGAAUAUGCUGUCUUGCCUGCUGCCAUUUAAGAUAUGCCUUUGCUCCUCCUUUGCCUUCCUCCAUGAUUAUGAGUCCA